GCGACAUCUGCCUCCACUCGAUCCCUUCAACCUCGACGUCCGCGAUCCUGUAGACCGCCUCAAGUGCUGAGGCACCUACUCCUAUACCAUGCUUAGCCGGACCGCCGCACGCGCAACACGCGCAUUAGCCACUGGCAAGACCGCCGCCAGCAAGACUGCCACCCGCAACGCCUCCUCGCAAAGCUCUUCCGAAUCGGCCGGCUCGAAGUUUUGGACCAACAAUGCCCUCCUCGCAUCCUCGAGCGCUCUCGCGGCCACGUCCGUAGCAUGGUACUUCUACCAAUAUGGGCGUCCAGCGUACGCCAUGACGCCGGCUGAAGAAGGACUGCACGCCACGAAGUACCCAUGGGAGCACGAGUCCCUGAUCAAGACCUUUGACCACGCCGCCCUCCGCCGUGGAUUCCAGGUCUACCGUGAAGUGUGCGCUUCAUGCCAUUCCUUGAGCCGUAUCCCGUACCGCACACUUGUCGGUAACAUUAUGACUGUCGACGAGGCCAAGGCAUUGGCUGAGGAGAACGAGUAUGAUGGCGAGCCAAACGAUGAGGGUGACAUUGAGAAGCGCCCUGGAAAGUUGUCGGACUAUAUCCCCAACCCAUAUAAGAACGAUGAAGCUGGUCGCGCAGCCAACAAUGGUGCUCUGCCUCCCGAUCUCAGCUUGAUCGUCAAGGGCCGUCAUGGAGGCUGCAACUACAUCUUCUCACUUCUCACUGGAUACCCCGAGGAACCACCAGCCGGUGCUGUCGUGCCGGCCGGCUUAAACUUCAACCCAUACUUCCCAGGUACUGGUAUCGCCAUGGCCCGUGUUCUUUACGAUGGUCUUGUCGAGUACGAAGAUGGAACUCCAGCUACUACUUCCCAAAUGGCCAAGGACGUGGUCGAGUUCUUGAACUGGGCCGCUGAGCCUGAGAUGGACGAGCGCAAGCGUAUGGGCUGGAAGGUCAUGGCUAUUGGAUCCGUACUGUUCGCCAUGAGUGUCUGGGUCAAGAGAUACAAGUGGUCAACGAUCAAGACUCGCAAGAUCUCCUACACCCCACCUCCGUCAAGCGAGCGUCCAGCACCAGGCUCCAUCUUCCGAAGAUAGAUGUGAUAUGCUAGAGUGGAGUAGCAGAGGGCAAGAAGAUGGACAGUGGCAUGUACAGAUGUUUUCUAGCGUGCUUCCUUCGUGUAACAAGAGCGUGAUCACAAUACACACCCAAAACUCGCAGUUUGCUGACAGAUUGGAUAUAUGCAUCCUCACGUAACUGAUCAUUCG